UUUGUCUCUCUUCUCUCUCCCGGCCUGUAGGAGCGGAUUGAGUACUCCAAGACAUUCCAGGGGAAAUACUUUAACUUCCUGGGUUAUUUCUUCUCCAUUUACUGUGUGUGGAAAAUCUUCAUGGCCACCAUCAACAUUGUGUUUGACCGUGUAGGGAAGACUGAUCCAGUGACGAGAGGGAUUGAGAUCACAGUUAACUACCUGGGCAUUCAGUUUGAUGUGAAGUUCUGGUCUCAGCACAUCUCCUUCAUCCUGGUGGGCAUCAUCAUCGUCACCUCUAUUAGAGGCCUUCUCAUCACACUCACUAAGUUCUUCUAUGCCAUCUCCAGCAGCAAGUCUUCCAAUGUUAUAGUGCUGGUCCUGGCUCAAAUUAUGGGGAUGUACUUUGUGUCGUCCGUUCUCCUCAUGAGGAUGAGCAUGCCUCUGGAGUAUCGCUCCAUCGUGACCGAGGUGCUGGGAGAGCUGCAGUUCAACUUCUACCACCGAUGGUUCGAUGUCAUCUUCCUCGUCAGCGCCCUCUCAAGCAUCCUCUUCCUCUACCUCGCCCACAAACAGGCGCCCGAGAAGCACAUGACCCCCUAGCACAUGACCCCCUGACCCCACUCUGAACUUGACCCCCUAGCACAUGACCCCCUGACCCUACUCUGAACUUGAUCUUUGACCCUUAGGUUACCUUUCCCAACAUUUCCCUGGAGGCUCAGGGGUGUCCAGAACUGAUCUUUGAUUCUCUGUUGGAUUUUGAUCUUCUCUUAAUUAAUCUCUGGUCUGUCUGUGUGGUGGAGAGUAGAGCCUGUACUUCCUGAAUCAGGAAUGGCCGACGUGUGGCCAUGUGGACCGUUGGUGUCGGGCAGAGUCAAUGGAGGGCAAUUGGAGUCAUGGAAGACUGGACUUGGGUUGGGUUUAACGUGGGGGGUAAUGACUCAUAUAAUGUAACUACAGUACUUGAAAUCGGGACUUAAUUGUUCUUUGCAAAAAUGAAAAUGGGAUAUUUUACAAUGAUGAUGAUUAUGAUAUUUCAUUGUGCUGUUGCCCCAUUGGACCGAGGUUCUGUCUAGCCUUAAAUCAAUCUGACCAGAGCAGAACUGCCUAGUAUACAGCACAGACCAGCUUCACUGUAACAGUAGCUUUGUUUUGUGAACGGGGUUGUAAAUAUGUGUUUACACCCUAUUUUUGACAGACAGAAUAAUCCAAAUUAUCGUUUAAAUGUAACAAAUGUCUACCAGUAUUCCCCAAUGUCCAUGAAGCUAUUGGCUAGCAUCUUUCAUGGUGUCCAGUCUGUACAUGCCAUGUUCCUGGGGUGGCAUGUAUAUCUACGGUAUUUAUUCUACCAAGACAGAUGAGAAGGCUUCAGAAUAAAUCAAUUUAUGUGGCUA